AGGAAAGAGGCUAUCGCCUCAUAAAGAGGACUCCUAAUUCAUCCGUCCUAAGAAGAGGCAGCAUGUCCUAUGAAGGAGAAGAGUGGAGAGUCAAUUCAACAUCGCUCGAUGCUCCAAAUUUAGCCAUAAAGUCUGCACACUCAUUCAUCCAUUGAAAAGACUUCCGCUUUAGAUUGUGUGUUUUCUUUAAACUGACAUUAAAAAAAAGGUAAUCAAACUUUUUCUUAAAAAAAGUUAUUAUAUGGUGAUUUGAUUUGAUUUGUACUAAGAAAAAAAUUAAUCACAUUUUUUAAUAGUGUCGUUUUAAUCUACGAUGAUUUGAUAUGUAUUUGACUAUAGGUUAGGAAUAAAUAAAUGAGAUAAGAACAAAAACUAUAGUUUUUUCAACCGUCCAGUAAUAAAUAAUACCGCGUACACGUACACACGGACAUUACCCGCACAUGGUCACAUCCGUAAUCUUAGCCAAAAACGUAUAAUCUAUUAAAUCACAUUAAUUCCCCUAACUUUCAUUUAUCUCUAUAAAUUCAAUCCCUUCCCUAGUGAAACCAAAACCAAAACCAAAACCAAACAUUUUGAAAACAAAGUCACAAACAAAAAAUGGCAGGAAUCAUCAACAAGAUUGGAGAGGCUCUUCAUGUAGGAGGAGGACACAAGAAAGAAGAUGAACACAAAGGAGAAAAGAGCCAUGAUGACAAGCACAAAGGUGAGAAGAGUCAUGAUGAUAAGCACAAAGGUGAACACAAAGAAGGUAUAGUUGAUAAGAUCAAGGACAAGAUCCAUGGUGGUGAUGGUGAAGGUCAUGAACACAAAGGUGAGAAGAAAGAUAAGAAAAAGAAGGAUAAGAAGAAGAAGGAACAUGGUCAUGAUCAUGAUAGUAGCAGCAGCAGUGACAGUGAUUAGAUCUUCUUCUAAUGUUGUUUCUCUCUUUCUAUGUUAAUUAAGCGGUGUACAAUACCUUAUGGUUGGGGAGUUUCUAAAGCUCUUUUUACUUAUGAUGCAUUGAUGCACUAAAAUAAUACUUGUGAGAGAGGGAGAAACUAUGUGUAUUUAUUUAUGUCUUUGUUUUAUUGUUGACUUAUUAUGUGCUAAUUGUAAAAGCUCACACCUUUGGUUUGGCUUGGAUGUAGAUUGGCAUGUAUAUAAGAAUAAAUAAAUAUGUUAGUUAUUGGAAAUAUCUUUUUUUUUUUGAA